GAAGGAGGCAGAGCUGGAGGCCCCGAUACUGUGCGGCUCCAGGCUCACAUUCAGCGGUAUCUCUGCGGGGAUGGCAGGCAGGAGGCAGCAGGCUUCCUUUGUUUAGGUGCAAAACAUAAUCUGUGAGCCUCGGCGGCAGCAGCAGCAGCAGCGGCAGCGGCAGCACACACACACAUACAUAGGAGGGCGCAGUACACACAGAGCGGCGGAGUAGCAUGCUGGACCCCUGCCUGCGCCGCACUCCCGGGGAAGGACGAGUCCGCAGCGCUGGGAAGAAAUAAAGUUGAGAGAAGCUGCCCACAGUACUGCGCUAUGCCUGCAGCCCCCCCGGAGCCCGCGUCUGCGCCCCUCUGACCGAGCAUGAGCCUGAGCCCAUGAGACUAUGGGAAACGGUAUGUGCUCCAGGAGACAGAAGCGGCUGCUGCAGGCUCUCGCCUGCCUGGCCGUGACCGUUGCCUUCAUCUAUGGGGCCAUGGUGAACUACGAGCUGCAGAGCCAGCUGAGGAAAGCCGAGGCAAUGACUGUGAAGUACCAGCAGCACCAGGAGUCCCUGUCCGCACAGCUACAAGUUGUGUAUGAACACCGAUCACGGUUGGAAAAAUCUUUACAAAAGGAAAGACUUGAACUCAAGAAAGCAAGAGAAGAUCAUCUUGUUUAUAAACUAGAAGCACAAGAAACCUUGAAUAAAGGAAGGCAAGAUUCAAAUUCCAGAUAUAAUGCUCUCAGCGUACAGCACCAAAUGUUAAAGAGUCAGCACGAGGAUCUAAGAAAGCAGCAUAGUGAGCUGCAGACUGAACACCAGAAAUUAGGAGAGGACCUAACCAAAACAUUUAGUGAUCACAAAGAGAAAUAUCUAGGGCUGCAGCAAGAGAAGGAGCAGGAAGUGUCAAAGCUCAAAGAAAGCAUCUACAACCUGAGAGAAGAGAAUAAACAGCUGAGGAAAGCUCACCAGGACAUCCACACUCAGCUACAUGAUGUCAAGCAGCAACAUAUGAACUUGCUUUCUCAACAUGAACAAGUUGUAAUGAGCUUGGACAACCACAAGAGUGCACUGGCUGCUGCACAGAAACAAGUUGAAGAAUUUGCACAGCUUAAACAUGCUUUGAAUAAAGUGUCAAGUCUUCGGCAAUCAGAAAUUAUUACUCAAGCUGCAAUGCCUAGAAUCCUUCCAUCAGUUUUAACUAUGAAGGGACAAUACAAACAAUUACCACAGACAAAUAUUGAAGCACAGCAAGAGUCUGAGCAUGAAGGUACAGUCACACAGAGCAAGGCUGCUAAUGAAAAGGUUGAACAUCAGGACACAGAGAAGACGGAACUUCAUACAGUAGAUGAGGACACUAGUCCACCGCAGGAAGCUGGGCCAGUCACAGAGCAUCCUGUGGAGGUAGAAGAAGAACAUAAAAAAGAGUUGGAGGAGGAAGAGAUGGAGCAGGUGGGGAAGCCGGAACGCUUGGUGGAAGAGCAGGAUCAAGUGCAAGAGGAACAAGAGCAGCAAAGACAGUCAGAUCGUGAUCAGAGACCUGCAGGAAACGAAGAAGAGGAGGAUGAAGAGACCAACAUGAUGCAAGAACAGGAACAUGUUGAGAGGGAUCAAACAGCGAAGCCUCAAAUCAAGUAUAAGUCUGCCUACAAGGAACAGUUGUUGCAGCAGAAGCUGGCAGCCCAGAAAGAGGAGCAAGCCAGGAUUCUCCAAGAAAAGCAAGACUCUCUGUACCAGCACAGGCUCAAAGAACACAUCCUGCGCCAGCAGCAAAUGCAUGAAAAUGACCUUGAGAUGGAGAGGCAAAAUAAGUUCAAAGAAACCCACAUAGCAGACAAGCUAAGGGAACAAGCACAUUACGAUAACAUGGACCAUGAUAUUGUACAAGGAGAGGAAGAGCAACAUUUGCAGGAAGAAGGAGGAGCUUACGAAAGAGACAAUCAUCAAGAUGAAGCUGAAGAAGCAGAUGAUGCAGGUAAAGAUGCAAAUGAGGAGCAAGCUAUGGAUCAAGAGGCUGCGAGCAGAGAGCGCCACAAGGCUGCUGCAGAGGAGGUCAACCCUGCAGAUGAUCCCAAUAACCAAGGGGAAGAUGAAUUUGAAGAGGCAGAACAGGAGAGAGAGGAGAACCUGCCAGACGAGAAUGAAGAGCAGAGGCAGAAGCAGAGCCAGGCAGAGAAACAAGAGCAUUUAGUGAUGGCUGGGAAUCCUGACCAGCAAGAGGAUAAUGUUGAUGAACAGUACCAGGAGGAAGGAGAGGAGGAGGUCCAGGAAGAUCUAACAGAAGAAAGAAAAAGGGAACAAAAUGCUGAAGAUCCAUAUGGGGAAAAUGAUGGGGGAAAACAGAUUGGGGCAGAGCGGAAUCGUGAAGCGCUGCAUGAAGAGCGAAAAGAAAACCAUGAGGAUAACUAUGAAGAAGAGGAGGAAGAGGAGGAGGAGGGAGUACCUGGAGCAAAAAGCAAGCGUCGGGCAGAAAUGUGAUGUCCUUUAUGUCCUGCUGCAAAUUCCAAGCUGGCCUUUUUCUGUCCUGUCUUUUUAUAUUUUUGUAUUAGAACACGAGAGAUUUAUAUAAAAGCUGUAUUUUAUUACAUGAAGCUUCUUUUAUUAACUUUAGGCGUUGGCUACAAUUUCAGAAUGCAAAAGCUUUUAUUAACAAUCCAUUCCUGUGAAUGGAAUGGAAAUAGGUAGGAGAUUUCGUCUCCUAUGCACAACAAAUGCAGUAUACGGUAGUAUUGAGUACUACCCUUUAUAGGACAGUGAGUUUGUAGGUUCUGUGCCUUACAUCCCUUUUUAUAAGAGGGAGUUCAGACCUUUGGCCUGCUAUAUUUAUUACUUGUAAUAUAUCCCAGUAAUCAAGGUCUUCCUGAAAUAAUUAUGCAAUGGUGAUUGAAAUAAACUUUAAUGGGAAUGAAGUGCAUAAAGAGGAGUAACUCUGAUUAUGUGAAACUAACUGAUCAUAUAUUGGGUGUCAUUUACAAUUAAGAGCAAAGCAAAACUAAGGAGCAGAUUUGCUCAUGGUGACCCAUGUUACAGUACAAGGGCUACAAAUGUAUUUAUCAUUGUUUCUACUUGUUGGGAAAAGACUGGCCUCUUUUACACAAAUCAUGGACAGCUUUAUAUGUGCAAGUGAUUCCAACUCUGAAUCUACCUGCUCGUCUAGCAUUUGCCCUAUGCUGUGUAACAGUGGUUUUGUAAAGAUGGAAAUGUGUAUUUACUUUGCCACGAACUCAGGCCCAGUGUGUUGAAAAUACAUUUUUAUACAGAAUAGUAGUUAUUGUAACUGCUGUAUGCCGUCAUUGUAUGUGCAGAAACCAUACUUACCUUCUCUCCUGGAACAGCUGGAAGAUUCCUGAAUUUUGGGGAACUCUUCCAGACUUCCGAGAGAGUAGACCAGCUCCCGGAACAUCCCGCAUCCCUAGAGAAGUGGGCAGCUUGGGGGCUUGAUGAUGCGUUUUGUUGUGAAUAGCAACAUCAUGACCUGCUACUCCAUGCUGCACAAUGUCCCGAUUCCCCGCACCAUACAAUCUUUCACCUCUGACCUGGGCUUCUCCUCCGGUGUCUCCUGGGAAAGUAUUCUGCAUAUAUAGCAUAUCCACACAGCAAUUAUCUCUGCUGUCUAAAUUAAUAUAUUUUCUAUAGUCAAAAGUACAAUCAGAAAAUAAUGGAAAGGUCGGCUGUUCUGUCUGAUAUGUCCAUUUGCUUAAACCACAGCACAUGGAGAACUGUUUCUUAAAUGUUAUCUAUUACUGAAUGGAAAACUAAACCACAAGACUGACAUUUCCAUUGAUCAGUUAGGAAGGUAAAUUGUUUAGUUUCGAAAAAGAAAAAAAAAAUGAAAGCAAGGUUAUACAGUUCUGCCACCAUCUACAUUCAGAUAAAGCUCCUUACACAUAUUUAGGACACAGUUAUAAAUGGUUAUGCUGUAUAACAAAUAGAGAUGAGCGGGUUCAGAUUUACUCGGUUCUUUACACAAGAAUUAUCGCCAUUUCUUAUUUUCUAGAUAUUUCUUAUUGGUUAACCAAAACACGUGAUGUCCGAUAGCCAAUAAGGAGAUUCAGGUAAAUCCGAGUAAAACCGAACCCGCUCAUCUCUAGUAACAAAGGUCUCAUUACAAGUCAUACCUAGAACUAGUUAUGCUCUGCUUGGUGUAGGAAUUCAGAACAGAAUCCGUGCAGAACAGUUCUGUUUGAUUGUAGACUUGUAGUCAUAGAAGCUCUGGCUUGGCACUUGUGUAGCCAGAGAAGCAUCUCUCUCCUAAGUAAUAGAACAGACAGCAUUCUGUGCAAAAUAUAUGGUUUAUUUCAGUUUUUCAUUAAUGCUCAGAUUAUAUUGUACUGUCUAAAGGUGUCUUAUUAAUAUUAGCUUUGUUUUUCCUUAUGACAAUCUCAGUAUAUAAUGAAUUAUCCUGAAUAUUUAUGCACUGUACUCUACUCAUCCAUGAUCAUUCCUCAAAUUCAGGAAUAGGAGCUGUGUACUGACACUACAAAGUGUUUGUCUGUUAUGUUGCUCUCACAUAUCACACAUUGCUAGACAACUUGGCACUACUGAAUGUGAGAUGCUUGGAAGAAUUUUCAUGUACUGUACAGACUGGCAGGGUAUAAGUUACGUGAAAUUUAUACAAAAUAAGUUCUCCAUCGCAUUUACAGUAUAAUGGCACAAUAAACUCUCAAUCUAGUGUUUCCAAUUGUAUUUCAGUUUGGGAGUUGAUUAUAUUUCAGACUGUAAUUGCCUUAAAUGGCCAUUUUAUUGCAAAACUUUUUAACUCUUAUCUUUUCUUAAUUUAAAAAACAAAAGCAAAGGUACUUCCAUGUCAGAAUGGGGCGUUGUGAAGCCAGGCAUGUGUUAAAUUAUUUUGAAAGUAAUUUUAAUACUGGAUGGUGUAUCUUACACCUCCCCCCUUCCCCCAUUUUUUUACAUGGUAAUCACUUCUCCCCUUCAAGGUAGUACAGGAAUAAUUGAGUAGAAUACAAAAUGCUUAUACUGAGCAUUUACUGAGAAAGAAAGAAAGGCCCCUUUCAUACUUCCACUCUUCAACAGUCUUUGUUGGUAAAUGGAAAUUGACCCAAAGUGCUUAAGAGUUUCAAUGAAACGCAUUCUAUGCCAGCUCUGUCUGUUACUUGUGUGUGCGCUAACAGCAGUGAAUAAUACACUGAGGCUGUGCUGAGUAGUGUAUGGGGAUUACUAACAAUGCAUAGGUGAGCUCUGUUACAAAUGGAACUUGCACAGCUUUCUACCUUAGCAGUCUGGAGCAUUGAAGUCACAAUGCUGUUAAUAACUCUCUACUGUUUCCAACAUGGACUUUUUAUUUCCACCGAUUUGCAUUAAAUAAUCCCCAAAGAAGAAUGUCAGCGUAUUCUUAACAAGUAUAUAUAAUUGAAACAAAAAUAAACAUACUGAAACCUGGGUCACAGAUUGUUUAAGUACCGGCGCUUAAAUCAAUUAGAUGUGUAUCAGUGUUCCAGUUGCUGAGUGAACAGAGCCUGCCAAGCUAUGUAUAUUGAAAUGAAACAAAUAAAUAUAGAAAAAAACACUGCACUUGGAACACCAGUGUUCCAAGCGCAGUGUUUUUUCUAUAUUUAUUUGUAUUCUUAACAAGGACAAAUUAGUCUGUAGUCAACUAAAACCAGGCCACAAUGUUAUGCGUGAUUGGCCUCCAUGUUUCUUACACCAGUCCUAAAAUCUUUACCUGUAAUAAUCCGCUAUCACAUUGGAACAUUAUGAUAGAUCACAGUUUUUCAGUGGUCCUUUCACUGUGUCAGUGAUGCUGAUGAAUCCCCAUUAAUUGUGUCCGUAUUGGAAGUACUGUGUGUAUACCUUUUCUUAUAAAGUUUAGAACGAUAAUGACUGCUGUAUAUUGUUGAUUCAAAGUGCUUUCUGAUCAGCAGCAAUUCAGAUUAUGCAAGUGUAUUUACAUUCUGUAAAUGAUUGGUGGUAUUUCUAAAAUAAUACCCUUUACCUCAGAUAUUGAUAACUAUUGUGCACAAAUCAGCAGUCUCUGAAAUGGUACUUAACUGGAGUUGGUUUGCACAUAAUGAUUUUAAUAUAUAUUUAUAGAUAAUUGGAUGUCAUAGGGACAGGCUGAGGAACAUACAGUAUAUUGUAACAUGGAUCAGCGAGAUAUACUUUCUCUGAUCCUUCAUAUAUAUUCUAUGAUCAUUUGACUGAUGUUCUGUCAAAAUCUUUUUUAUUAAUCUGCUGUAAUACGAUCUUAAUGUGGUUAUUGUACAGAUCUCUUGUUAACCAAAAAUUAACAAAGCUUCUAAAAAGGCGUAGGCAAUUAGUGGCAUGCUGGGACUUGCAGUCACUUGUUGCAUGCAGUGCCACAUUUUUCCCUACCUUUCUAUUAAACAUGCUGCACAUUAUUCUCCAAUUUCUUAUAAAGAAUACAUACAGUAUUUACUGCCUCACAGCACUGGGAUCAUGUAUGUUCUCCCUGUGUUUGCAUGGUUUCCCUCCAGAUUCUCCAUUUUCUUUCCACGCAUACAUGCUAUCAUAGGUUAAUUAGCUUCUGGCAAGAAAAGAAAAAAAUGAACUGUAGCAUGCGUCUGUUGUAGAGACUAUAGCUUGUAAGAUCCACUGGGGCAGCGACUGAUUUAAAUGACUAAAUAUUGUCUGUAAAGCGCUUUAUAAUACAGUGCAUCCUGAAAGUAUUCACAUUGCUUCACUUUUUCCACCUUUUCUUAUCUUACAGCCUUAUUCCAAAAUGGGAUAAAUUUAUUUUUUCCCCUCAAAAUUAUACACACAAUAAUGACACAAAAUGACAAUGUGAAAAAGGUUUUUUUUUUUGAGAUUUUUGCAAAUUUAUUAAAAUUAAAAAAACGAAGAAAUCACAUGUACAUAAGUAUUCACAGCCUUUGCUCAAUAUUUGUUGAUGCACCUUUGGCAGCAAUUACAGCCUCAAGUCUUUUGGAAUAUGAUGCCACAAGCUUGGCACACCUAUCUUUGGGCAGUUUUGCCCAUUCCUCUAUGCAGCGCCUCUCAAGCUUCGUCAGGUUGGAUGGGAAGCGUCGGUGCACAGCCAUUUACAGAUCUCUCUAGAGAUGUUCAAUCGGAUUCAAGUCUGGACUCUGACUGGGCCACUCAAGGACAUUCAUAGAGUUGUCCUGAAGCCACUCCUUUGAUAUCUUGGCUGUGUGCUUAGGGUCGUUGUCCUGCUGAAAGAUGAACCAUCAGCCCAGUCUGAGGUCAAGAGCGAUCUGGAGCAAGUUUUCACCCAGGUUGUCUCUGUACAUUGCUACAUUCAUUUUUCCCUCUAUCCUCACUAGUCUCCCAGUUCCUGCCAUGGAAAAACAUCCCCACAGCAUGAUGCUGCCACCACCAUGCUUCACUGUAGGCAUGGUAUUGGCCUGGUAAUGAGCGGUGCCUGGAUUCCUCCAAACACAAAGCCUGGCAAUCAUGCCAAAGAGUUCAAUCUUUGUCUCAUCAGACCAGAUAAUUUUGUUUCUCAUGGUCUGAAAGUCCUUCAGUUGCAUUUUGUCAAACUUCAGGCGUGGCUUCCGUCUGGCCACUCUACCAUACAUGCCUGAUUGGUGGAUUGCUGCAGAGAUGGUUAUCCUUCUGGAAGGUUCUCCUCUCUCCACAGAGGAAUGCUGCAGCUCUGACAGAGUGAUCAUCAGGUUCUUGGUCACCUCCCUGACUAGGGCCCUUCUCCCCCGAUUGCUCAGUUUAGACGUCUGGCCAGCUCUAGGAAGAGUCCUGGUGGUUCCGAACUUAUUCCAUUUACAGAUGAUGGAGGCCACUGUGCUCAUUGGGACCUUCAAAGCAGUAGAUAUUUUUCUGUACCCUUCCCCAGAUUUGUGCCUCGAGACUAUCCUGUCUCGGAGGUCUACAGACAAUUUCUUUGACUUCAUGCUUGGUUUGUGAUCAGACAUGCACUGUCCAAGAGUGGGACGUUUUAUAUAGACAAUGUGUGGCUUUCCAAAUCAUGUCCAGUCAACUUAAUUUACCACAGGUGGACUCCAAAUAAUCUGUAGGAACAUCUCAAGGAUGAUCAGUGGAAACAGGAUGCACCUGAGCUCAAUUUUGAGCUUCAUGGCAAAGGCUGUGAAUACUUAUGUACAUGUGAUUUCUUCAUUUUAUAUUUUUAAUAAAUUUACAAAAAUCGCAACAAAAACUUUUUUCACAUUGUCAUUACGGGGUAUUGUGUAUGUAGAAUUUUGAGGGAACUAUGAAUUUAUUCCAUUUUGGAUUACAUAACAAAAUGUGAAAAAAGUGAAGUGCUGUGAAUACUUUCCAGAUGCACUGUAUGUAUGUGCUACAUAAAUAACCACAGCUUGAGUCUUCCAUAUCCGGAAAUCCGAUAUCCAAAAUAUUCUGAAAUCCAACAUUUUUUGAAUGUGAUUAGAAUAGUGACACCUUUUGGUUUUUGAUGGUUUGGUGUACACAACAAUGCACAUUAUCGAUAAUGUAUAAAAUGACCUUCAGGCUACGUGUAUAAGGUUUAUAUGAAAUAUAAAUGCUUUCUGUAUAUAGACUUGGGCCCCAUCCCGAAUAUAUCUCAUUAUCGCAUGCAAAUAUUCCCAGAUACGGAAUCCAAAAUACUUCUAGUCCCCAGCAUUUAGGAUAUGGAAGUCUCAUCCUGUAGUAAAAAUAUUUCUGUGUGUGUGUGUGGGGGGGGGGGGGGGGUAACCAAUUCUGUGGAAUGAACCAUAAAUGCCUUGCUGAGUUUCAACUUGAUGCCAUAACUUUAGUAGUAGUUCUGACACAGUGAUACAUACUGAACAUUCUAUUUUAUUCUAAGAGAGGUAUCAAAAUCUGUCACAAUCGGAGAUUCGUAAUAUUCAUUACACUACUAGUUUAUGUAAAACACUGUAAAAUAAGGUAUAUAGCUGAAGUGAACAGCACUGGGUUUUUUUCUCCUGUUGAUUCAACUGGAACACAAGUCAUACUAAUUAUUUUGUGUUUUUAAAGUGGUUUUCUAUAUUUACUAUAUCAUUAUUGUAACUUGCAGGAUUUGCUUUAUUCUCAUCAGUCUCUAAAAACAAACCAAUUAAUGUAUUUUGUACAUUCAAAUUAAUAUUAAGCAAAGCCACUGGCAGAAUAGUUGAUUAGUCUUGCCUAUUAUAUUUGUAGGUAUUUGAUAUAUUUUCACAUUGAUUUCAUUUAUAAGAAUAACCUAUAUGAAGGAACUAUUAAACUAAAGGACAACCAGGAGCCAGGGGCUGGCUGUAAUGCCGUCCGAGUUGGUCUGAAGGUGCUGGUGGCCGGCCAAACUCUGAUUUUUUUUUUUUAAAGUGCAACUCAAUUACAAGGCAUGGUUGCCUUGUAAUGAUUGCCACUUUACAAAAAGUCAUAGUUUGUCCGUCAAACCGCACCUCCGGCUAACUCGAACAGCAUUACAUCUGGCCCCAGUUAUGAAAACAAGCUGUAGAACCAUCCUUGUAAUUACAGGUAAAUUGAAAACGGUUUGGUUUAGUUCAGAACAUGUUAUAUUUUGGGUCUUCCUGAGGUCUCAAAUCAAUUUGCAUACUGAAUUAUAUAAACUCUAUUCAAAGGGGAAUAUUUGUUUGUGCAAUUGUGUUUUCUUAUGUCAUCUUGUACAUUUCCGUUAAUUAAAAAAAAAAAAAUACCAAUUUGCAGUAAUAUGAAAUAAUGUAUUUCGAUAACAUUUGUUUGACCCAGGUUUAAGAGUUUUAAGUGAGCACUCAAAAUCAAGUUUCCUAGUAGUCCUAAAAUUGUGACUAAUUAAACAAAUUGACCAUCUGCAGAUUUGCUUAUCGCCUGUGUUAGUCUGUUAGUCUGGCAUCAGGAAUCGCACCACACCUAUGCAACUUUACUGUUCAUAAUUCUGUUUUAUAAUGUGUGAGGUUUAGUUUGUUUCUUUAGGUGCUGCUGAUAAACAUAGGAAAGUUGCGUCUGUUUUUUAUAUCGACAUGCAGGAUAUAAGUUGUCGAUUUUCAGCAUUUUAUAUUUAAAAAUAAAAAGUUUGUCUUUGUUUUGUAAAAUGUAUAAUAUGUACAUACGUAUUUCAAAAAACAAAGAUUUUUUUUGUAUGUUUUUAGUUUGUCUUUUCAUUGAUCGUUCUGGCAUUAAAGUUGUUCAUCAGUCUAACACCAACAAUGUUGCUACCUAUAUGAAGCAAUAAAUGAUUUUACAACAAUAAAAUGUCUGUCGGGCUUU